UGGUUACUACAUGGUUCCAUGUGUUAUUUCAUAGUUUGAAUGUCUUCACUAUUAUUCUACAAUGUAGAAAAUAGUCAAAUAAAGAAAAACCCUUGAAUGAGUAGGUGUGUCCAAACUUUUGACUGGUAUUGUAUAUACUUCAUUAUUUUCAUGCACCGUUUUCUGAAUUGUUAAAAAUCUGAGUUAUACCAAUCAAAUAAUUUCCCUCCUGCGGGAGCCCCCUCACUUAAAUGCACUUUUGAUCUGCUGUAUUUGUAAUGAAGCUGGUUUUCUGAUGGUCUGUGUGGAGAAUGUCAGCGUGUGGAAGGAGUAAUGAAGUAAAUCAUGGGGGUGGAAGGGAUUUGGUUGUUCCUCAGGAGAUGAUGGUGGUGCAGUUCCACACUCUAGGACCACAGUCUGAUGAGGAGCUUGUUGCCAUGCCGGCCAGGAAGAAGUCGUCUGGAAAAACAUUUAUUACAGUGCCAUCAUUCCAUACUAUCAUUCUAUGUUUCAUGGGAAUAUAUUCCACUGGAAGUGUACACAUUAUGUAGUUGAAUUGUAAUUCAGUUGGCAUUGUUGAAACCAUCUAAGUAAAUUUAUAUUUGGUUUGAGUGCUGAUACCUCAAUAAGUCACCAUUCACUUCCUGAGACUUGCCACUAAAUGAUAUAACUGAAGAUUAUUUCAGCUGUAUGGGUGGUUAAGUACUUUUAUUAUCAUUAUUAUUAAAAACUUAAAACUGUGAUGGACUUGCCUUUUUGGAGCAGAAAACUUCUCACUGAAACAGACAACCAAACUGCUUGUACUGGCCACCUGCUGGCCAUAUAGAGUGGAAUCAGGGUGUGAUGAGAACGGGCAUUCACUGUACAUUAUUACGUUUUCAGAUUGAUCCGUUUUAUUAUAUAGCACUUCAAAAUAACAAUGGACUUCAGUGGCUUCUUCAAUGUAUAAGUGGCUCAAGUUACAGUGGAGCGAGGUUUAAUUAGACUUGAGAUGAAAUACUGUAAGAAUGAAUAGAUACAGUGCUAAUAGAAACAAAGUAUAGUUAUUUACCUUUGACUGCAGCUUUAAAAUAUAUAUAUUUGUCAUAUUGUCUGGCAAAUAUCAUGUCUGGCAUCAAAUGUGAUACAAACUACAUAUUGUAGCCUUGGUGUUUGGCACGGGGUAUACAUACUUAAAUGAUUGUUCAAACUGAUAGAAAAAUCUGGAAAUUAUUGAUGACAAAAUUGAAUGGCUCAAUGAAAUGUAUAGGUUUUUAAUAAUUUUGGUACAACUACACAUUUGGAGUAUUUAUUAUAGGCCUGUUGAAUAAAUAUAGAAUACAGCCUGUGACAACCGCUUUUAACUGCCUGUGAAGAUCAUAAAACAGACAUUGACAUUCGUAUGAAGUUAGAAAUUCAAUCAGAUUUAUUACAAAUAACCUCAUAAAUGAUAUAUUCAUUACGGUGUACUGUAUUUCAAAAGUAGCGCCCCACAUGGCCAAUCCCCAUAAUUCAAUGUUUAGAACGGUUUACACCCACCCUCUCGCCACCGCCCCCCUUCAAUGCACAGGCGCACUAACUUUCACAAGGCCGCCAUUUUGUGCGGAGCCCACUCUGCAAAAGCGGGAGAGGAUUAAAACCGCAGGAGAAGAAGGGCGCAAUUCUCAGCCAUCUCGAUCUGAUUGAAGAACAUACUCUGGGCUUUCUGUCGAAUUCAGCGAGGAAUUAAACGACGAAGAGCAGGUAAAGUAACAGUACUUUCCAGGAAAGGGGGCAGUUUUGCAGGAGCUUUAAUCGGCCUCUAGGUGUCACGAUGGGGCUCCCGGUCCAGGCGGUAGACGGGGGUGUUUGUCUCCCUCUAUCGUUAUCGAACAUUCAGCAAAAAAAAACAUUAUAACCCAGAAGUUCAACGAAAUGUCUCAUUAACGAGUAUUUUUAGAGCUAUAUUAGUUUGCACUUUGGCAUGGCUCGAUCAUUAAAUACUUCAACGUGUUGGUUUAGUGUUUAGGCCAGGCGUCCAUUUUAUUUUUCUUCUUUGUGCCAAGAUAGAAACUCGCGGCUGCUUAUGAAGUCAGCGAGCGACAGAUUGUAGCUCAGUACACGGAAUUUACUAAAUCUCACAAGCAUAAUCUAACUAGUUGGACCCCUAUCUACACAACGUUAGUUUUGUAAGCUAGUAAAGCCAUCAAUCGAAAUUAGCUAUAAUUUACAAGAUCGGUUUACUGUCAAUAUUGCCCCACCUUGAUAACGGCCUUCGCAAAAGCUAACGUUAGUAACCCCUUCCGUUGAUCAAACUAACGUUAAAUAACUUUCUAAUUAGCUAGUUAACGUUCACUGUUUUAAUAUGACCACAUUAACUAUAACUUCUAGCGUUAGCUGACAAGCGUUUUAAAAUGGUAUGGUCCUUAGAUGCAAAGACUUCACAAUUUAGCAGACGCUAUUUCACUAGCAAUAUAAAAGUUAGCUGGCUUGGCUUGUUGCGCAGACCGAAUUCAAACAGGGAAGAUGCAUAACGUAAAUGUCUCCGGUAGUCAUUAAUGCGAGCGUUUCCACUAGUACGACGUCUUCCUCUGGCCUCAAAUUAAUGCGACUUAUCUAAAAAAAAAAAAAGAUAUAAAUGCCUCUGCUGCAGUUCGUCUUCCAUCCAGUGUCCGCUGUCUGAUUCAAAGCCUACAUUGAGCUACAACGGCACUAACGUAAGCGAGCUAGAAUGGACAAAAACAGGGUAGAGCUCCCUCUACAACCCGGCUGGUAGCGGUACAAAAACAUGACUACCUAUGUGACUUCAUGUCCACUAUCAAAACGCUGGCCAUGUUCACUGGGAAUGAAUGUCACAUCAUACUUGUUGAGUGUCAGGUAACAGUCAGGAGAGUUGAGUGAGAAAUUGAGCGAGCCAAGCAGAUCUAGAAAGAUGAAGUAUUCCUUUCUAGUGCAGUUGUUACCGAUGGACGGAGGACCAACAGAUGUUGUGGUUGAGGCCAAGGACUUCACCUAUGAGGGGGAGGAGGUGGUGGCAGACCUGCUCCAGCAAGCAGCAGAAGGGGUGAUGGACCAGCAGCCAGAGGGAGUUGCUGAUCUGGAUACCCAGCAGCUGGUGGAGGGAGUCAAUGUGGAGAUGAUGGUAAUGGACUCCCUGGACCCGGCCCUGCUGCAGUUGAAGACUGAGGUGAUGGAUGCCCCUGUGGCUACAGCCCACGAGGCCACGGUCACCACGGUGGAUGAGACCCAGAUCAUCACUCUGCAGGUUGUCAACAUGGAUGAGCAGCAGCUGGGAGGCCUCGGGGAGCUACAGCUGGUCCAGGUCCCUGUCUCUGCUGUCCCUGUCACCCAGGCCACUGUAGAGGCGCUACAGGGCACCUUCGUGGACACUACGGCCAUGCCCAAAGACGGAAACCCUGUUAUCUGCCACACCCUGCCCCUGCCAGAGGGAUUCCAGGUGGUGAAGGUGGGUGCGAAUGGUGAGGUGGAAACAGUGGAGCAGGAUGAGCUCCAGCACCAAGAGGAACAGCAGGUCCAGCCUGAGGAGGAGGAGGAGGAGCUGCACUGUGAGCCCCAGCCUGAAGAACCACAAUGGGCCAAGGACCCCGACUACCAGCCCCCAGCCAAGAAAACCAUCAAGAAGGCAAAAAAGAGCACGCUGCGCUACAACACAGAGGGGGAUAAAGACAACAUGGACGUGUCUGUGUAUGAUUUUGAGGAGGAGCAGCAGGAAGGGAUGCUCUCUGAGGUCAACGCAGAGAAGGUGGUGGGCAACAUGAAACCCCCCAAACCCACCAAAAUUAAGAAGAAGGGUGUGAAGAAAACAUUCCAGUGUGAGCUGUGUAGCUACACCUGUCCCCGCCGCUCCAACUUGGACCGACACAUGAAAAGCCACACAGAUGAGAGGCCCCACAAGUGCCAUCUGUGUGGCAGGGCCUUCAGGACUGUUACCCUGCUAAGGAACCACCUCAACACACACACAGGUACCAGACCACACAAGUGUCAAGAUUGUGACAUGGCCUUCGUGACCAGUGGAGAGCUGGUCCGACAUCGUCGCUACAAGCACACUCAUGAGAAACCCUUCAAGUGCUCCAUGUGUGACUAUGCCAGUGUAGAGGUGAGCAAGCUAAAGAGGCACAUCCGUUCCCACACUGGGGAGCGUCCGUUCCAGUGCAGUCUGUGCAGCUACGCCAGCAGAGACACCUACAAGCUGAAGAGACACAUGAGGACACACUCGGGAGAGAAGCCGUACGAGUGCUAUAUUUGCCACGCCCGUUUCACCCAGAGUGGAACCAUGAAGAUGCACAUCCUGCAGAAGCACACAGAGAACGUGGCUAAGUUCCACUGCCCCCACUGUGACACAGUCAUCGCCCGAAAGAGUGACCUAGGCGUCCACCUGCGAAAACAGCACUCGUUCAUUGAGCAGGGCAGGAAAUGUCGUUACUGUGAUGCUGUGUUCCACGAGCGCUACGCACUCAUCCAGCACCAGAAGUCCCACAAGAACGAGAAACGCUUUAAGUGUGACCAGUGUGAUUACUGCUGCAGACAGGAGCGCCAUAUGCUGAUGCACAGGCGCACCCACACAGGAGAGAAGCCUUACGCCUGUAGCCAGUGUGAGAAGACCUUCCGUCAGAAGCAGCUCCUGGACAUGCACUUCCGGCGUUACCAUGACCCCAACUUUGUGCCCACCGCCUUUGUGUGCACCAAGUGUGGCAAGGCCUUCACUCGCAGGAACACCAUGGCCAGACAUGCAGAGAACUGUAACGGGGAUCCUAGUGAAGGAGAGAACGGAUCCCCACCCAAGAGAGGACGAGGUGGGAGGAAGAGGAAGAUGCGCUCAAGGAAGGAUGAAGACGAUGAUGACGAUGACGACAGUGAGGACAAUGCUGAUCCUGAGCUGGAUGACAUUGAUGAAGAGGAUGAGGAGGCUGAGGCAGCACUGCUGGAGGAAGAGGAGGAGGAGAUGAUGGAGUUGGAGCAGGCUCCACCCACCAAACCUAUUCCUGCCCCGGUAGAGCCACCUGUCAAGAGGAAACGCGGCAGACCUCCCAAGAACAUCCCCAAACCCUCCCCUCCCGCCAAAGCCAGCAAGGCUGCCCCCAAAGGCAAGGCUGCUGCAGCUGCAGCCGUCAUCCAGGUGGAGGAUGAGAAUACCGGCGCCAUAGAGAACAUCAUAGUGAAGAAGGAGCAAGAGGCUGAACAGGCUGCCCCAGAGGUGGUGGUGGAGCAACCAGAGGAGGCAGGGGUGGAGACGGUGGAGCUGCCUGUAGCAGACGCUGCCCCCAACGGAGACCUCACCCCUGAGAUGAUCCUCAGCAUGAUGGACCGGUGAUCUAGCCCACACAGACUGCUCAAAGACAUCCCCUUGUCUCAACCUUUCCCUUCAACAAGUCUACCCUCUUCAUACGAUCUGCCAUCUUACAAACCACUCUGCUUUACACUUUUGGUUUUUGUCUUAAAUCAGUGUGUUUUCUUAUCACUCUCAAACCCACUUCCUUCCAUGCAUUCACUGUAACAGUUUAAGUUCUAGCUGCUUGGUCUGUAGAAAUGUAGAUAUUUUUAUGUGGGAGGAAUGUUGUAGAAACGUGUAAUAAUGGAUCCCUUCAUGGAGGGAUGGUAGCUGAGGUUUAACACGUGGACAUUGGGACUUUCUGUAGUGGUCUUUUUUCUUUCUCCAAAUAAUAAACUAUUUUCUUAACCUGUUUGUGAGCUUGACAUGGCAACAGUGAGUGCCAGUAAUUUCAGCCUUGUUAUCUAGGACCUCUGCGGUAGACUAAAACUAUUACUUUAACUGUCAAAGGAAGUCCUUCUAUUUUUUUAACACUUUAUUCACUGCAUAUGACAUUUGACUUACUGUUAUACUUGUCACAGAUUAUGGAGUUUGUAGAGGCUUACAUUAACUACUAUAAUCGGGGACAGUGACAUGCAUCGACCCACAAAGUUUUUAAGACUGCAGUUAUGUUGUACAAACGGUCAUCUCGGCUGGUUUUGCUUGUAAAUACUUUUUUAGUUUUAUUACAAACAUAUUUUAAUCUUUUUCUAGUGAUCUAAAAAACUUUAAUGCUGGGAGAAAGGAACUCUUAACCAUAGCUGUUUGGAACACAGGCAGAAUGUGGGUUUUUAAUCUCUUAAAUGGGAGGCUUUGCCCACUCUGUAAAUCAUGUUGGCGAUAUGAUCUUUCCGGUUUUGAGCUUUUUAGCAUGAAUAUCUAGUGUUAUUUUUGGAGGUACAGAGGUUAGCAGCUUUACUCACUCUUAACCUACCUAACAUCUCGACCGCAUGGACUAAUGUUAGAGGUUUUGAAAGAUGACCAUGUACGUCUUGUUUUGCUUUUCAAGAUAAGGUAGAGAGAUUGUGAUGUAAAUUGCGCCCAUGUUCUGGAAAGCUUUAAUCAAGUUCUGUGUGAAACUGUAAAGGGGGGGAUGUGUCCAAUUUUGAACUAGCUUCAGGUCUUAACUGUAAAGGAAAGAUGAUUAUUAAGGCUUUGGUAAUCUUGUGAAGCAGAAUGUUUCUCCCAGUUCACUGUUCAUUUCUCAAACCAUUUUGUCCUAAUGGUGCAGUUGUGUUGUGGGAUGUAUACAGACGCGGUCAGAGGGCCCUGUGGAAUUCUGAUUAGGAGGUUCAAAAAGGGGAGGAGAGAACUAUAAGGGAAAGAUAUUUUGUAUAAAGGUUGUUAGUCGUUUCAGAGAACAAUGUCCUUUCUUUCAUAGACCAUUUGACGCUGAUACAACAUGAAGCUUCCUUCUAUAUGUAAUUGCAUUUAAAUUGCUUUUGUCAAGCUCUUAAAAA